GCUCAACCCCCAGACCUCCAGAAAUGACGUCAGAAUCAUUUGCAUCCCGCUGCCUCUACCUGCCCGGUCCAGCUGGGACCCUGCCUCGCCGGCCCCAUGGCCAGAGGGUUGGAAAUUAAUGAUCAUGAGCUCGUAUUUGAUGGACUCUAACUACAUCGAUCCGAAAUUUCCUCCAUGCGAAGAAUAUUCGCAAAAUAGCUACAUCCCUGAACACAGUCCGGAAUAUUACGGCCGGACCAGGGAAUCGGGAUUCCAGCAUCACCACCAGGAGCUGUACCCACCACCGCCUCCGCGCCCUAGCUACCCUGAGCGCCAGUAUAGCUGCACCAGUCUCCAGGGGCCAGGCAAUUCGCGAGGCCACGGCACGGCCCAGGCGGGCCACCACCACCCCGAGAAAUCACAGCCGCUCUGCGAGCCGGCGCCUCUCUCAGGCGCCUCCGCCUCCCCGUCCCCAGCCCCGCCAGCCUGCAGCCAGCCAGCCCCUGACCAUCCCUCCAGCGCCGCCAGCAAGCAACCCAUAGUCUACCCAUGGAUGAAAAAAAUCCACGUUAGCACGGUGAACCCCAAUUAUAACGGAGGGGAACCCAAGCGCUCGAGGACAGCCUACACCCGGCAGCAAGUCCUGGAAUUAGAGAAAGAGUUUCAUUACAAUCGCUACCUGACCCGAAGGAGAAGGAUCGAGAUCGCCCACUCGCUGUGCCUCUCUGAGAGGCAGAUCAAAAUCUGGUUCCAAAACCGUCGCAUGAAAUGGAAGAAGGACCACCGACUCCCCAACACCAAAGUCAGGUCAGCGCCCCCGGCCGGGGCUGCGCCCAGCACCCUCUCGGCAGCCACCCAGGGCACUUCUGAAGACCACUCCCAGAGCGCCACGCCACCGGAGCAGCAACGGGCAGAGGACAUUACCAGGUUAUAAAACAUAACUCACACCCUGCCCCCACCCCAGGCCCCCAUCCUCCCCUCACACACAAAUUGACUCUUAUUUAUAGAAUUUAAUAUAUAUAUAUAUUUUUUGGUUCUUUUCUCUCUUCCUCCCACCUUAUCCCUUGUCGUUUCCAAACAGACAAAACAGAUAAACAAACAAGCCCCCUGCCCUUCUCUCCUUUCCACUGUUAAGGACCCUUUUAAGCAUGUGAUGUUCUCUUAGCAUGGUACCUGCUGGGGUUUUUUUUAAGGCCAUUUUGGGGGGUUAUUUAUUUUUUAAGGAAAAAAAACUGCAAAAAUUAUAUAUUGCAAGGUACGAUGGUGUGGUUUAGGUGCGUUUCAGGGGAAAUGAGGAAAAGAAAAAAGGAAAGAGAUUUUUAAGCCAAUUCUCCUCCUUCUUCUUUCUCCUCCUCCUCCUUCCCCGCUCUUUCCUUAGGCCUUUUGCAUUGAAAAUGCACCAGGGGAGGUUAGUGAGGGGGAAGUCAUUUUAGGGAGAACAAAGCUAUGAAGUUCUUUUGUAUUAUUGUUGGGGGGAGCUGGGAGGAGAGGGGGGGAAGACAGCAGACAAAGCUAAAUGCAUCUGGAGAGCCUCUCAGAGCUGUUCAGUUUGAGGAGCCAAAAGAAAAUAAAAAUGAACUUUCAGUUCAGAGAGGCAGUCUAUAGGUAGGAUACCCCUCACCACCCCCAUCGUGGUUAUUGUGUUUUUGGACUGAAUUUACUUGAUUAUUGUAAAACUUGCAAUAAAGAAUUUUAGUGUCGAUGUGAAAUGCCCCGUGAUCAAUAAUAAACCAGUGGAUGUGAAUUAGUUUUA